AUGACGCGCCACUCCUCUCUGCUGAGGGCCGCUGUCCUGGCGUGCGCGCUGCUGGCUUUCAAGGACUUGGCCUUCGUGGGACCCGCAGAAAGCCCGAAGCUUCGGGGACAGGAGGUCCGAACUGCCAGACCAGAACCCGGACGGGUAGCACUCGAGGAACGAGGAGCCGAGCAGGCCAUCAGCAGAGAGGACGUACCGAAGGCUCUGCUCGCCUUCGCCUCCGGAUUUACGCCUGCAGCUGCUGUGGCCUAUACCACGGCCGAGGAAGCUUUAAGGCCUUGGUAUAGCAUUGCUCCUUGGUAUGGCGGCGCACUCUACGUGGUGACCCUCAUCGUCCAGCGAGUACAGUUCCGGUGGUACAACUAUGCCUAUGUGGCUGCCGCGACGUUGUGGCUUGCGCCAGACACCUCCAGCUUGCGCUGGCCCCACAGCCAGCAACUGAUAGGCCCAACAUGCGGAGAGAAUAGUGCGAAGCUGAGCCUCACCCCGAGAGCGUCCAGAGCCUUCGUUUCCGGAAAGAUCUUGGUGGUGAACCAUUGGAGCCCCGCAAGGGCUUCAAAUCGGAUGCGCAACAGUAGCAGAGACUGUUUGCCCCACAUCGUGGAGAGGUCGCUGCCUUCGGAGCUGCGCCGAGUGGCUCACAGCUUCGCAGGCGAGAGACCAAUGCCGGACUUGCUCGACCUCGACAGCAUUGGUCCUCCUCCUGGCUUGUCGAGGGACACAGGUGCCAAUAAGGAGUCAUGGAGCACCAGCGACGAGGGACACGAGUGCUUCUUUUGCCGCUGCUGCCACAAUGGACGCAUGAAGCCCGACAAGAAGCAGCGUGAAGCAGUCAAGUCCAUCAGUGAAGCACAGCUUCUCGACUUGCUCUUGGCGCAGCUGUCCAUGCGUGCCCAACAAGCAGGUCGUUUCGACACGCUCUUCCCGGUCUUGCAGGCGAUCCAUUGUCGCUUGUCAGUCUCAUCGAGAGGCAACUCCGACCUUUCCGGUGCUGCACUGCGCAACAUGGAGAAGAUGAUGUCAAAGAUGAGCUGCCAGCAGAUGGUCUACUUUGCAGACAAGAAUCCGAACGUGGACAGUGGCAUCAUCCAGCUGGUAAAGGAUCAGCUGAGAAGCAGCUACCCUACCGCACCCCUUGGCUUCCCUGGUUCGUCAGUCUGGCUGUGA